AUGUUUGUUCGGAAGGCAUGGAGACGACUGACAGGCUUCAUCCUUGUUCUUGCCAUCAUCAGAGGCUUGGCAGCAAAGCUUCACGGUUGGCAUACUCUAUCUGCGGCAUUCUUCGCAGAGAUUUCCCGGCGAGAUCCGGGAAGGAGGGAGCUCCGCUGUGAGUAUUCCGGCCCCGGAGAGGAACGGCCACUGGACACAGGAUACAGCGCGUCAGAGCAGCAGGUGCCACCAGGGUGGCCCACUGGGAGCUUUCAGGAGUGGAGGAGCUUGGUCUUCGAAUCGGCACCAGAAACUGCCAAGGAGCGGGGCCCGCCUUUCAUCCAAUCUGUGUCGAAAGUGACGUGCACAGCUGACGGCCGCUGGCUCCCAGAAGCUGAUCCUCAGGUUCUGGCCUUGAACUAUCCCAAGACCCUUGCAGCGUCGGUUGCUGCAAGCCUGUUGAUGAUGGACGCCCGGACGCCUCGCGUCUUAGUGAUUGGCCUUGGUUCGGGCUCCGUGCCACUCUGGCUGGCCAACGCAGUCCCAGACUGCUCGGUUGAUGUGGUGGAGUUGGAGGAGGCAGUGAUCCGCGCUGCCGGCGAAGCUUUGGGUUUCCCAGUGGCGAUCAGUGGAGGCACGGGCUCUUCCCCACUGCGCCGAGCAUUGAGAGGUCGCCUGCAAGCGAUCUGCGGCGACGGUGCCGCCUUGGCUGCAGAGUGGGCAGAUGAUCCUCACGGUCCCCGCUACGAUGCUGUCAUCAUCGAUGCCUACGAUGCUCUCAACCGGGUCCCACGACCUUUGUGGGACGAGGCUGGGCCGCUUGCAGAAGCCUUGCCCGUGCUUCUCAAAGAACGAGCCGUGGUCGCGGCCAACGUGCCGCCUGGAUUCCCCACCGAGGAGAUGCUCCACGGCUUUCAGAAGCGACUUCAGGGCAGCAAGGCCGUUCCAGCUUUGGCUCUUGAGGUGCCUGAGACAGCCAACACUGUGGCUCUCGUCCUCCGCGGCAGCGAUUGCAGCGCGGUGACUCCCUCUCGUGUUGAGCCAUGUGCAAAUCUAUGCAACGUGUUUGGGCCGAUGAGGUGCUUUAUUUGUUUGAGUCUGAGCUCUGGGCAUGUGAGCAAACUUAGAAGGCGCAAGGCCUCGUCUAAGCCCAUGCAGGACGCAAGAGCUUUCUCCUGCUGCAGGAAAACCGCUUCCCUUUGUCCUCGGCAGGUGGAGUUCUACGGUCACCUCUGUGAGGCUGCCGAACACUUCCAGCAGAGUGCCGGGCUUUGCUGA